UAAUUUCCUUCUCCCUCCUAUCUCGUCUCACGUUACAUCCCGAUCCCUUCACAUCAUCGGCCAUCGUGUGGGGAGGAUAUAUAAACCCAACGGGAGGGUUUCUCUCAUCAUCAUCAUAUCAUCAUCAUAAUCAUCAUCAACAAGAGCACACCAAUUACAGCUCUCUUUAAUCACGGAAAACAAAGGCCAGCCAACAUGCCUAUCGCAGAGAAAGUUCCGCAGACCUUGUACGACAAGGUUCUUGCCUCUCAUAUCGUCGAUGAGAAACUCGACGGCACAGUUCUCCUAUACAUAGCAUGUACAACAGACCGUCAUUUAGUUCACGAAGUCACUUCACCGCAAGCCUUUGAGGGUCUCAAGAAUGCCGGUCGGCGUGUAAGGAGAACAGAUUGUACUCUUGCCACCACGGAUCACAAUGUCCCCACCAAGUCCCGAAAGGGCAUCAAGGAUAUUGCCACUUUCGUCGAGGAGGAGGAUUCGCGCUUGCAAUGCCUUACCCUCGAGGAAAAUGUAAAGGAAUUCGGCAUCACAUAUUUCGGCCUCGGCGAUAGGCGUCAGGGUAUCGUCCAUGUCAUCGGCCCCGAGCAAGGCUUUACCCUUCCCGGUACCACGUUGGUGUGCGGCGACAGCCACACGUCCACCCAUGGCGCCUUCGGCUGCUUUGCCACCGGUAUCGGUACUAGCGAGGUCGAACACGUCCUCGCCACUCAGUGUCUCAUCACCAAGAGGAAUAAGAACAUGAGGAUACAGGUCAACGGUGAAUUGGCCCCUGGCGUUAGUUCAAAGGAUGUCGUUCUCCAUGCCAUUGGCUUGAUCGGUACUGCUGGCGGUACUGGCUGUGUUAUCGAGUUUUGCGGUUCCGUCAUCCGUAGCCUCAGCAUGGAGGCUCGUAUGUCAAUCUGCAACAUGUCCAUUGAGGGCGGUGCCAGAGCUGGUAUGGUGGCACCCGACGAGAUAACAUUCGAAUACCUCAAAGGACGACCCCUCGCGCCACCUCCGGAUUCGCCCGAGUGGGAGCGCGCUGUUGCGUACUGGAAGAGCCUACAGUCCGACCCAGGUGCCAAGUACGACAUUGAUGUUCAAAUCGAUGCAAAGGAUAUUAUUCCCACAAUUACAUGGGGUACCAGCCCGGAAGACGUUGUUCCCAUUACCGGUGUGGUUCCGGAUCCCGAAACAUUCGACUCGGAAGCCAAGAAGCAGAGCGGGAGGAGGAUGCUCGAGUAUAUGGGGUUGACGCCAGGCACGCGCAUGGAGGACAUUGCUGUCGACAAGGUUUUCAUCGGCUCUUGCACUAACUCGCGCAUUGAAGAUCUUCGCGCUGCCGCUGCGGUAGUCAAGGGGAGGAAAGUGGCAGACAACGUCAAGCGGGCCAUGGUUGUCCCUGGCUCCGGAAUAAUCAAGGAGCAGGCUGAGGCAGAGGGUCUCGACAAGAUCUUCCUCGACGCGGGCUUUGAGUGGAGAGAAGCAGGUUGCAGUAUGUGUCUUGGCAUGAACCCCGACAUUCUCGCCCCCAGGGAAAGAUGUGCAAGCACGAGCAACCGAAAUUUCGAGGGAAGACAAGGCGCUCUGAGCCGAACACAUCUUAUGUCGCCGGUCAUGGCCGCCGCCGCCGGUAUCGUCGGAAAGUUGGCGGAUGUCCGGAAAUUGACAGAGUACAAGAACAGCCCCCACGUGGAAGCAUUCAAGGUGCCUUCGCCAUCGAGCAAACCGUUGGUUGACGAGAGCCUCAAGAACGGCGAUGCGGCCGCCGCGGACAGACUGGGCGAUCAACCAGAAGAUAGCUCGUUAACGGCCGAGGAUCUAGUCUCGGAAGCAGCUGGCUCACAAGGUCUGCCCAAAUUCACUGUGCACAAGGGGAUUGCCGCACCGAUGGAUCGGACCAAUGUCGACACGGACGCCAUCAUCCCCAAGCAAUUCCUGAAAACGAUUAAGCGCACGGGACUCGGCUCCGCGCUCUUCAAUGACUGGAGGCAUAACGACGACGGCACGCCGAACCCCGAGUUCGUCCUCAACCAGGAACCGUACACCCAGGCGAAGACCCUCGUCGUCACCGGCCCAAAUUUUGGCUGUGGAAGCUCUCGCGAACACGCGCCUUGGGCAUUGAACGAUUUCGGAAUCCGAUGUAUCAUCGCCCCGUCUUUUGCCGAUAUCUUCUUCAACAACACUUUCAAGAACGGCAUGUUGCCCAUCGCCAUCACAAACGCGUCCGAUCUAGAAAAAAUCGCAGCGGAAGCCAAAGCAGGCAAACAAAUCGAGGUCGACCUUCCGAACCAGGAAAUCCGCGACGACGCAGGGAACACGAUCUGCAAAUUCGACGUCGAGGAGUUCAGGAAACAUUGUCUCGUCAACGGAUUAGACGACAUCGGACUCACGCUACAGCUCGAGGAGAAGAUCACGGAGCACGAGCGGCGGAUCUCGGAACAGACGCCCUGGAUCGACGGGACGGCGUAUCUGCGGAGGCAAGAAGGCGGCAAGCUACCCGUCAAGGCCGCCAAGGUGCCCAUGACGAAUCGCGGCCAGGAGCUCAAGGACCCUAUCGACUGGUGAUACAACCAACUAACUAACCAACCAAUCAACGACCAAAGGGGAGCAAAACAUGGCUUUUUAUCAGUUUUAAUCACGCAAUUAUGAAAUAACUCGGUUUAUGAGAAUUUUAUUUUAUUUUAUUUUAUUUUAGCAUGAAGGAAAAGUUCGACUGACUGACUGACUGACUGAGAGGGAAAUGAAAGGAAGGGGAGAAAAGAGCUGAGGUGCGGUGAGAUGAGAUGAGGAGAAUGGCUUCUUCUUAUCUUGCUAUGAUUAAUUAGCUUGCUUCCUUACUUGCUUGCAUGAUGGAUUA